CUUCUUAAAACCAUUUCCAUUCAUUUUUGUAAUUUCCAUCUCCCUCCCUAUCAAGUACCUCUCUCCUUCCAUCUCUCUCCUCUCUGAAACCCUAAAUCUCCAUGGGAGAAUCUAUGCCUCCUCGUCGCAUUUCCGUUCACCAAACUCUCGGAGGUGGCCCUGUUGCCGAUGUGCUGCUGUGGAAGAAAUGGAGUGGAGGAGUUUUACUGCUGACCUCUACGACGGCGUCGUGGUUGCUGUUUGAGCGAGCUGGUUACAAUCUCUUGUCAUUUGUGGCCAAUGUUCUACUGCUUCUUGUGGUCAUCCUUUUCCUCUGGGCCAAAUCUGCUUCUCUUCUCAACAGACCUUUGCCUCCUCUCCCUGAUAUGGAAAUCUCUGAGGCCAAUGUUGUGAAGGCUGCUGAUGCACUGCAUGCUGGGAUUAAUCGUGUACUGUCUAUUGCACGAGACAUUGCUAUUGGGAGAAAUUGGAAGCUCUUUCUUCAGGUUGCUUUCUGCUUGUGGCUAGCUUCUUAUGUUGGAAGUUUCUUCAACUUCCUAACGCUUUUCUACAUUGGGGUUCUUCUAAGUCUUUCAGUGCCCGUGUUGUAUGAUAAGUAUCAGGACCACAUUGAUGAUAAGCUGCAUGUAGCAAACAGAGUAAUACAAACACAGUACAGGAAAAUUGAUGAUAGCAUCCUAAAGAAAAUUCCUUUGGGUUCAAACAAGGAGAAGAAGCUACAGUAGGGUAUUAUGGAGCUCCGGAAAGUGUGAUAACAACCUUAUACAAGGCUUUCAACGUACGAAGUAGUGUACUUCGGUUAUCUUUUUAUUGGCAUGCUGCGGCUAUACAUAUUGACAGUGAAACAGCAUCAUUGACAAGACUUGGGUGGAUCCCGUUAGUGUCUGCAUUUGAGUUUCAGCGUUACAUUGUUUUUGGCUUUGGAUUGUAUAAUCUUGUUAGGUUUUUGGUGAAUAGUUAUUGGAUCAUUGGAUCUUGGUGGUUAAAACUUUGUGUUCAUCUCCAUGGGAUGAAAGAGAGAAACUUAAUCCUUCUAAUGAAAUAUAGAGUGUUUUGGUUUGCCA